CUCCGGCAGCUGCGCAAUUGCGGAGACUGGAUUCACCUGCCGAGUCGGAGGAGGGGCUCCGGGCGGCACAGUGCGCAGGCGCGAGCGUUCGGGGCUCGCGGCGCGCGGCGCUCGGUUGAAGCGGGAGUGAGUUCUGGUCGCGGAGACCCGGCAGCAGGCGAGCUAGCGGGUGACCGGGCGCCUCCUCUGCAGCCAUGGCAGCCCUGCGCUACGCGGGCCUGGACGACACGGACAGCGAGGACGAGCUGCCCCCGGGCUGGGAGCAGAGAACCACCAAGGACGGCUGGGUUUACUAUGCCAAUCACACGGAAGAGAAGACUCAGUGGGAACAUCCGAAAACCGGGAAAAGAAAGCGAAUAGCAGGAGAUUUGCCCUAUGGAUGGGAACAAGAAACUGAUGAGAAUGGACAAAUGUUUUUUGUCGACCACAUAAAUAAAAGAACUACCUACUUGGACCCAAGACUGGCAUUUACUGUGGACGAUAAUCCUACAAAGCCAACCACCAGACAGAGAUACGACAGCAGCACAACCGCCAUGGAAAUCCUCCAGGGCCGGGAUUUCAGUGGCAAAGUGGUCGUGGUUACCGGAGCGAAUUCGGGAAUAGGGUUUGAAACCGCCAAAACUUUCGCCCUCCAUGGUGCACAUGUGAUCCUGGCCUGCAGGAACAUGACAAGAGCCAAUGAAGCCGUGUCACGCAUUUUAGGAGAAUGGCAUAAAGCCAAGGUAGAAGCAAUGACCCUGGACCUCGCUCUGCUCCAUAGCGUGCAGCAUUUUGCUCAAGCGUUCAAGGCCAAGAAUGUGUCACUUCACGUGCUUGUGUGCAAUGCAGCCGUGUUCGCUCUCCCCUGGAGCCUCACGAAAGAUGGCCUGGAGACCACCUUCCAGGUGAACCACCUGGGCCACUUCUACCUCGUCCAGCUCCUCCAGGACGUCUUGUGCCGCUCAGCCCCUGCCCGGGUCGUCGUGGUUUCCUCCGAGUCCCAUAGAUUUACAGAUAUUAAUGAUUCCUCUGGAAAACUAGACUUUAGCCGCCUUUCUCCAUCGAAAAAUGACUACUGGGCCAUGCUGGCUUACAACCGGUCCAAACUCUGUAACAUCCUCUUCUCCAGCGAACUCCACCGCCGCCUGUCCCCGCGUGGGGUCACGUCGAACGCGGUGCACCCCGGGAACAUGAUGUACUCCUCCCUGCAUCGAGGCUGGUGGGUGUACACGCUGCUCUUCACCUUGGCCAGACCCUUCACCAAGUCCAUGGUAAGUGAACUGCCGCCGCCGCCGCCGCAGACACCUCCAGUGCGCCUUUACGGAAAGGGUCCUAGAGAAACCCAGGCACACGUGCCUUCUGCGCCUCUCACCUCUUGUGAGGCUGAGUCUGGUUUUGAUCAUCACAGCAUCAGGCUUAUUAGGGCUCUUGGACACAUUUCAGUGGGCUUUAGAUUGCAUCUGUUUCUCUGGAGGUGUCUUGGAGGGCCAGAGAGAAGAUGUGCUCUUUCAGUAUUGUGUUAAUAUGUGGCUGAACGUCUUCAUGGAGAUGAUUUGUUUGCUUUCGAUGUACUUUUUUUUGUUUCAGUAAGCACAGUCCUUCAAAACUGUGUUUUGUGUUAGUAGGUGAAUGACAUGGAUUCAUGCCUUUUGAAUUAUUAGCAGAUGUGAUUCCUUUGUUUCCAUUGAGAAUCUGUAUCUGUUGUUCUAAAUUCUUCUUUUAAUGGGUGUAAACCUUUCCUGGAAAAUCCUUUUGUUGGGCUACAGGUGCACUUUAUUCUUUACUUCUCCAAAGGUAAGUCCUUUUGGGUGAAUCACACGACUGUGGUUAGAUUUGGACAUGUUUGCAAAGGUAAGUGUGAAGUUCUUUCUGUUUUUGAUGGUCCUAUAACAACUGUAUCUGGAAACUUCUUCCCUGAAAGAAGUUUGAGGAGGAAGUCAUUUGAAUGAAGAAUGCACAUUUUUACACAACAUAUUUGGUAUGGUACUUUUCUAAAACACAGGCCUUUAAAAAAAUGUUUUCCUAUUUAGUGGACACCAGUAUUCCAGUUAACCAAACCUACCGUGUAAUCCUCAGAAACACCUUGGCUUUUAGGAGUAACAAAAGUCAAGUCAUUAACCUCCAAUGUUCUGGGCAAAUGAUCCCAUAGCCUCUGAAUACAGUCUGCUGCCUUCUCCUGCAGCCCUUCCCACCCACCCUCAUUGAGCUUCAUGUUUGUGGAUGGCUUUUAAAACUGCAAGGAAAAUCUUUUGACCUGCCUAGGAGAAAGUAAGUAAGUGCUUUUUUAAUCUUCAUCAACCAGAUGGUUCUUAUGCAAAGCAAAUAGGCUUAACCCAAGAGGUGAAUACUUAAAGAACAGAAGAAGUGGGAGAGUCUCUGGAGAGCAGUUCUCCAAGGCCAAGGCCGGUGGAAAACGAGAAAGCGUGUGUGUCCCAGGAUUCUGAAGCUUCCCCAUCGGCAGGCUGUCCAUGAUUGCGUGAGAGUAGCUUCUCCACGAGGACAUCUUUGACCAUGAUUUCCGCUCGUUGUCUUAAGUUAGGUCCUUCAGUAGAGAUGAUAAGGGAGAAUAUGGGCUUGGACUGGUGUCAGUGCCAUUGACAGUACCAUGGAUGAGUUGUUGUUCAAGUUUAUGCAGGGGGUGAGGAGUGGACAGCAUCCUUUCUCAUUUUCUGCUGGCCCUGUACCUUCAAGACCAACAGCCCAAUCAUCGCGUGUGAUUUGUAAUCUCUGGCUCUUGAAUUUUCUCACUUGUGAUUGAUCAUUGGUGGGAGCCAAGGAACUCCUUUAUGUGACAUCAGAGUCUUGCUUUUUCUUCUUCUGGAAUUUCUCUAAUCACAGGAACGUGGUGGGAAAGAACUGAGGCGGGGCUGUGACUACAAGGACUGUGAUGGCGGGUGGUGAAACCAUGUCCCCAUUGGGUGUGGUCUCCAGUGGAUGAAGGCUUGUUGAUGGAAAAUGGUAGCCACUCUUACUCAGUGAUGGGACCACAGGGCUCAGAAACCCUGCACAAGGGCAGGUGGGAGGAAGAAGAAGACUAGCUCUGGGAAAGUAAAAGGUGGAGUGAAUGGUUUUGUUUCUUGGGGAGGGGAUCAUUGUCUAAUAGUUAACAUGAACACAACACAUAAACGAGUUUAGCCAAGUCAGGCUGGAUUGUCUGCUCCUUGGACGUAACGAGGAUUUCUGAAAGCGCCAGCAAAUUAAGUCAGGCAGGCAACCGUGUUGGGAUCACAGAAUAUUGUUGUUUGGCUGGUAACUAUAGUCGGGACUCAGGCCAACGGGGAAACAAGAGCGUGGAGUUGGAAACUGAGACGGGAGUGUCACCAUACAGCUGGGCAGCACAGGGAGUUAGGAGAAGCUCCCCACUGAAUGCGCACCACACCGGGAUCUGGUCUCAGUGAUGCCUGAUGCCCAGCCUAAGUGGCUCUUUCCUCCUCCUUCACCAGCCAGUGUACAGAGGCUUCGGCCACCCCCCAGCCUGGUCCCCAGUGCUCGCAGUGGGAAAGUGCUUGCUGGGAGCAGUCUUGGGCAACAUAUAAAACAAGAACUGGUGUCUGUGGCCCUGGGUGAGAGGGGGGUUUGGGGAAAUGAGCAGAUAACCCUUGAGAAGGUUUGGAGAAAAGUGGAGACGUCACCGAAAGACCCCCCAGAUUUGGUUAAGUUGUAUUGGCAGUGGUGGAAUGUUCCAUAAAAGGGCAGGGGAUGUAAACCCUUAGCCUGUGUUAGAAAAGGGAUUUGACAUGACUUCCUGGUGGUGGCAAGUGUGAGAAAGCUGCUGCCUGGGACAGUGGACCUACUGACUCUCUUGCUUAGGAUCCUCAUGGUCAAGCCCCAGCCCUUACCCUUGGAAUUGGGAGAGCUUGGGCAAGACACUUGACCCUUCUGAGCUUGUUCCCUCGUAACCAAAAUGGCGAUAAAGGUUGGCAUGAGGAUUGACAGUAAUGGAUUCACGGUCUGUCAUAUCUUUAUACAUUUAGGUAUUUGGUGGGGUUUCUUAGACCCCAGAGUUCCAUACGACUGAGGUUUGUAAAGAGAUGGAACGGGAGCCCUGGACUUGUCAAACUCACGGCCAGUCACUUCUCUGACGAAAAUGUAGGACUCUGUAUGUGGGACAGAACUCUGUACCAGUAUAGACCUGGGAUCUACUGUUUCACUGGUAGGACAGACUGAACUACAGAUCCAACCUCAUGUUCUGUCCUUCCAUACAGGGCUUGGCAUUGCUUCCAUCGUGACAAGGCAUUGUUUUGUGGAUGAAGGGCGCACUUCUGCCAUUUUAAUGCAAACAUGUUUUUGGACCUAAGCCAUGUGGCUGCAUCCCCUUUCCCACCCCGUGUAGGAGUUGGAUCCUAAAUGCUCAUGGAGAACCUGAGCAUAGAUUCAGGGUUCCCGUCUCCCAAUGGCUAGUGUUCUGUUUGUGCUUCAUCUUUGCCCUUUCUGCCUUGCACUUCAGACAAAGCAUUUUCCUUUUGACCUGAGGGUUGCUGGAGUGUGCAUUCCAUUGCGCAAGGUCAAGGAAACAAGACACACAGCCAGCCUUGUGCCCGGGAGCCCUGCCUGCCUUCUCCACUGUAGCCGACUCCCUGAAGUAUUAAACAGCAGUAUUCUAAUACAAACGUCCGUUUUUUAUUUGCUGUGACUUGCUGUGACUGCGGUGAUUUUAGUUACAGUAAUUAGGUCACCCUUCGUGGAGUCAGGCUAUUUUAAGUGCCUCUUUAAGGAAUAUUGUGGCAGAUCAGUAAUUUUACAAUUGGAUAUUCUUGUGCAACUUUAUUAAAUGUAAUCUUUUAAAUGUUGCCCUUUUACAGUUAUACAUUUCUAAUUGUUGCUGUAAAUGCAUUAUCACUUUGAAAUUAAUUAAUUUUUCCAUUUUGCCCGCCUGCAGUAUAAUAAUCACUAACGAGAAACUCUUAGGGAUUAAUUCUCAGCACAGUGACCCCUACUGGUGGAGCCGUGUCUCUGACACUUCUUCCUCUUGUGGUACAGAGGUCAGGACAGGUAAUAUGGGGGUUUCGGAGGGAAAAGCGUUUUUCCCUCUUCCCUCCAAUUUAUAAUAAAAUUAAAGUAAUAGAUAAAAAUGGGAAUAGGAUUGUCUUAAGUAUUGUUUUAAAAAUGAUGCAGGGUUCCUUAGCUGCUUGUGCAACAUCUUCAAGGAAACUGAACUUUGCUGGAAGCUUUCUAGUUAUGAAGUGACAUCCAUCUUAUGUGUGUCAUUUGCUUAUUUUCCCAUCUCUCUAGCUUGCUUUUUAUUUAAAUACUCUAAAAUUACAUUUUGCAUAUUGAUGCACUAAUAUAUAUUGUAUGUUAGUGUACGUAAUGUAUUCAUACAUACGUAUUACCCUCUGGGGCUUAUUUCACAAAAUCAGACAUAUUGUAUUAUCUGGUGAUCUGGGAGAUUUUUAAAGGUGGGUCUGUCUAUUUGCUGUUGUUGCCAUGCACCCAAGUAAGAUGCAGCUUGGCAGGUAAGGCCAGGCAUUGUGCUUUAUGUAUCAGCAUAUAUGUCUUCAUUUAUUGCUUUCAGCAGGUUUGACGUUAGAAUCACUCCCCUUAUUUUGCAGUUAAAACGCAUAGGGAACUUAGCCAACUUGUUCAAGAAAAUGAAAUAUCAGCUGGCAGACCCUCUGCCAGCUACUUGUCCAAGUUCAUUUUCUCUGUCAAAUAUACCACCGCCGCUGCCACAUUGAUCCAGUCCUGUGGUUGUGUCUCCUUUUUAAAAUGUUUGAAAGCACCUUCAUGAAAUGAACCCUCUCCCCGUUUUCUCCCCCGCGUACACUUGCAGUGCUGGUAAACAACGUCUUAGCUCAAGUUCCUAGGUCCACGCCAGCCUUUUGCCGUCAGUAUGUAAAUUUGAAGCUGAGCCCCCUCACGUGCCUCUUAGCGUGUUUUGUGCAACCAGAUGUUUGCGAUGGCAGGUAACGGUAGAAAGAGUAUCAUGUGUUAGGGUAGCAAGAGCUUAGCAGAUGUUUUAGGGAACCGCGUUUUCAAAUCGUUUUACAUUAAAAAAGAAAAUAACAACGGCUCAAGUUUGUCGAACUUCUGAAACGAUUGGGUUACCUUUCCUGGGGCCGCGCAAAGCCAGUCAUUGUGGUGAGUUUUAACAGAUGCGCAGCUACCCUGCUAAUGGAUGGGCCUGCAAUGCUGGUUCUGUUGCACAGUUAUAAAUUAUAGCUAGAAAAAGCACACGGUGUCGUUCUUCUAACCUUCGGGAAAGCCAAGCCUGGUAAUUCUGCCCUUGAAUAACCCGCUGCAGGGUGAUUUAUAGUUGUACAAUUUAAAACAUAAUGAAGGAGAUAAUAGAUGUUGAUUUGUUCUUUAAAUAAGUAUUUUAGAAAAAUACUCCCCCUACC